AAACGACAUAAAAUAUUAAAAAACUUUGUUCACCCGAUAAGAGAGAUAAGAUCCCAUUAAAUCCAUAGCCUCCUCGACAUUUUCUUCCAGUUAAACUUUUUGGUCUUAGUUUUCUUCGUCUGCAAACCCCAAAACCCAUCCGGGUAUAUCAAAAACGUACUGGGUUUGUGCUUAAUUUGCAGUAGGCCUCUUACCCUCUGGUGGGUGCUUCUCAUUUUUUUUGGUUUGAGAAUUCUGAUAUUACAAAUAUAAUCCGUCGCAAUGGGAGCAUCACAGCUGGGAUGCGCCUCUACAAAAAUUGUGGGUUUAAGGUCUUUUGAGGGUUUUAGGUCUUCAAGGGCUACCCCACCCUGCAGCAUUGCUAUUCGACAGCAACCCAUUAGAAGAGUAAACCUGGUUGUCAAAGCAGCCACAACUGUGGCUCCCAAGUUUACCACACUCAAGCCACUAGGAGAUCGGGUUCUCGUGAAGAUUCAGCCCGUCGAAGAAAAGACUGGAGGUGGAAUUUUAUUGCCAAGCACUGCUAUAAGCAAACCCCAGAGUGGUGAGGUUGUGGCUGUGGGUGAGGGCAAGUCUAUUGGUAAAACUCAGGUUGAACCUACUGUUCAGGUUGGAGCCAAAGUUGUAUAUUCUAAGUAUGCGGGUACAGAGAUUGAAUUUAAUGGUGUGGAUCAUCUUCUUCUUAAAGAAGAUGACAUUGUUGGUCUUCUUGAGACUGAUGACAUGAAAGACCUCAAACCAGUCAGUGACCGUGUUUUAAUAAAGGUCCAAGAAGCCGAGGAAAAGACUGCUGGUGGUUUGCUUUUGACAUCAAGUGCUAAGGAGAAGCCUUCAAUUGGAACGGUAGUUGCAGUAGGACCAGGCUCGUUUGAUGAGGAAGGCAAUAGAAAGGGACUUAGCAUAUCCCCUGGAAGUACUGUUUUGUACUCAAAAUAUGCAGGAAAUGAAUUCAAAAGUAAAGAUGAAUCUCAGUAUAUCACAUUGAGGGUGUCUGAUGUGAUUGCUGUGAUGUCUUAAUACACGUUUGAAUGUUUCUCUUAGGGUGGUUGUCAAGUUAAAUUGCCAUAUUGUGUCCAAAGAAACCUUUUACAUAAUGAAGGGAUGGUGUUUUGCAAUUAAAGCAAUCUCAUAGAAUGAGAAUUAAUGACUCUGUGUUGCAGCAUAUAAAAAGAAAGCUUAGUUUUA